GUUUUUCUCGCAGAUAUGCUUCCCGAAAGUGACGUGAAGUUUUUCUCACGUCGCAAAGUGCAGUCAAUUUGCUUUGCAACUGUUGUGCUCGUUUUAUGUGCUACGUGUUUUCUUUUGAUUGCUAAAUUUUUCCAAAACGCCAUGAAAAUGCGCCGUUACGACUUGUACGAUGCACAAGUUUUGGAAGUUCGACAUGCUAUUGAAGGAUUGGAACGUUCGGAACUCGAAGUAGAGGAGGCUGCAGAGAAGCUCAAAGCGCUAAUUGGCCUGAAACCAUGA